GAGGUCAGUAGCACCCUUAUUUGCAUACUUAGAAAACACACGAUACUAUCUAAUACUUGCUUAAGUUGAAAUCUUGGUUUAAAGAUAAGUAAAUUAUCUAUCUUCAGCCAACAAAAAUCACCUUCUUCUAGUUAAAAAUGUGUGAAAACUAUUUUGUAUGCAAAUAGUAUGUAACUGAAAAGACAGAACUUAACAUUUUCCUCAUAUCGAGUGUCGUGUUGGAGCAUGAGCGCACAUCGUUCAACAACCUCAAUGAGAAAACAUUGCUUUUUAAACACAAUUUUACAGCAGUUUGAAGACCUGUUUUCAGUAGAUAACCAUGGCAGGGUUUGCUCCGUUCGGUAGAGACGACCAACCUCUUCUUGAUGUGAGAAUAAUUGGAGGAAAACGCGUAGAAAUAGCAGUCGAUCAAUAUGGGAGGCCAUUAAACAACAACAAGAAAUCUAAAGGACAAAAUACAGACGCAAGAUUUUCACACUCUUUGUCUGAAGGACAUAAUAUUAACUCUCAUUCUCCUCGAAAUACAGCUGUACCCCCUUGGGUUAGAGGUGAAACUCCCCCGAAAAAAGUCCUUAGACAACUUGAAAGUCCCAAUGAUAGUACCAGGCAAAGUUCCAGAUCAAGCUCUCUUCCUGGAUCACCUAUAAUAUUACCACCAAUUACCAGGAAUCAGCUGGAACAUGAUGCUCCAAAAGCCGAAGUUAUUCAUGAUGAAAGAGAUUCUUUAUCUGAAAUAAUCAGAGCACAGGUACAAGGGAUGGAUACAAAUAACUUAAAGGAUGCAUACAUGGAAUUCUGUGGUUUAGAUUCAACAUUAACAGGGUUUGUAGAUGCUGAACAAGUUGAAAAAGCCUUUGCAAGGUGCAGGAUUCCCAUUAAUGGAACACUUCUACAAACACUCAACUCAAGGUUUAUGUCUGCGAGACGACCUAACUGGGUUAAUUAUGAACAACUAUUAAAGUUUGUCAAUAAUAUAGUGAAAGGUGAAAAGAAAAGUGAUGUUGUACCUAGACUUGAUCUGUCUUCCAAUCCUGGGGAUCUUGCAAGAAGUCGCUUACCACAAAACUCAUCUUACGACAGGGAUAUCCCUCUUAAGCCUAAUGAAAUAUCACCUCGUAGUAUAAAUGACGGUAGUCUAUCAGGCAGACAAAGUGCAAUAGUUGUCAAUCGUGCAUUUCAAGAUCGACAGGAUGUACAUUUGCUGGUGUACAUGGAAAAGAUGUUGAAACAGGUCGAUAGAGUAAGAGAUCUUAUUUGGAAACUACAAGAAACACUGGAGCAAAAUGACCCUCAAAGUAAUAUUAUCAGCUCACAAAAGUUAAAAACCUUUUGUCUGAGACAUCAUUUACCAUUUAAUGGCUCUCUACUGGACAAGAUCCUGGAUAGACUAGACCCCAGAGGAACAGGGAGGGUCAACUGGGAGUCAUUCAUGGUAUUCAUUGAGAGAGCACUACCUAUAGAUGCAAUAACAAACCAAGAAUCAACUGUGGCAGGAUCCAGGGGAAGUAUAGUGGAGACGCCACCUCUGCAGCCAACUUGGGAAACCAGGAAACCCCUGGGCGCUGUACCAGAGAGAAGCAGAGUUAUUACUGAGACUGCUGUGAUGGAGCAAGAAGAGAUGUUUGAUGAACAGCAAAAAAACCUUGAUUUACAGCUUAAGGAACAGAGUCAAGAGCUGGCAGAAAUACUCAACAAACAGCAGAGAGAUCUUGACAGAAGACAGAAAUCCCUUCAUAUAGAUCACAUCUCAGAGUAUGAACAUCUGGGGAGAGACUUAGAUGAGGGGUCGGUACGACAAGAGAUGAACAGAAAUGUACCCCUAAAUCAAGAAGAGCUAGAAGAACAACACAGGAACCUUGUAAGGCAACAAAUGCACCUGAUUGAACAAAAAAGAAAGAUCCAAAAGGAGCAGGAAGAGUUGGAUAAGGUUUUGCGACAUGAUGGUGAGCAUAAGGCUGCUUAUGACGAAGCUGAGAGCCCCAUUCAAAGAUUUCUACGUCUUGCAAAUGCUUUGUUUCUAAGCGAUGAUGAUAACUCAGGUUUCCUUGACAUUGACAGCACCAGACGACUGGUCAAGAAUUACAACUUGGUGUACCAUCUUGAUUUUACCUCAGAUAUCAUAGAAGAUGCUAUCGGCAUUUGUAGUACACCAGAUAGGAUGGUUAGUAUAGAACAUCUACUGAAUGAACUGAAAAGAUACAUUUAAACAUACAUGGACUCACCCUACCCCCCUAGGGUUGGUGUGUGCGAUUGGAUGGUCAGUGAUUUCAUUAGUGUGGACAAUCUAUGCACCCUACCCCUCUAGGGUUGGUAGGACUACUGAACAAACAGAGAAGAUAAAUCUAAAUACCGGUAUGUUAUUAUCAGUGCAGUCUGAAGAAAAUAUUGACAUACCCUACCCUCCCAUAGUCCAGAUGUUGGCCACUCCUUUAACCACUCCCUUUUGUUGAGCAGUGGUCAAAGGAGGGGACAGCAUCUGGACUAGCCCUCCCAGAGGAAGCCCCCUUCCCUCCUCCUGUAAAAGGUAAAUGGUUACCAUAUUUUUUCAGUCAGGUAAAGAAUGUUGGACUGUUGCCCCAGUUCUCUAAUUUUGAAGUCUUUUAGAAGGGGUUUCAAAUUAACAACACAGUUAUGUGUAUUAUAUUCACACUUAUGUGUAUUAUAUUCACUCAAACGUAACAGAGUAUAUUUUAAAUAGAUACAGAACAAAUAUUUCUAUGUUAUGUCAAAGAAGAUGUUCUGGGCCUCCUGUGGUACUAGUAGCAUUUAAUGAAUCACUGGACACCAGAGCCCUGACAUUCUUUCGACUCUCAAGGUAAUACUCCAUUUUAAAGUUCUGUUCGAGUGACCAUGAAUAAUAGUUGCAAGUUGAGGUUGCAGUUUUCGCGCAUAGUAAAACUAUACUUUUUAUCAUGCGCAGAAACUCCAGCCUCGGCUUGGAAUGGAACUGUAAAAUGGUGUAUUGGUAUGAACACUUGUGAUUGAUAGUGCAGCUGUUAUUCAAUCAAUUAUCACAAAAAAUAUUCAAACCAACCACAGCUCUUGAAUCCAAUUCUUGGCAUCGUCGAGCAUGCGCAACAAGAAUAACAGGGGUUGAGAGUGUACAUACACUACAUAACUUACCCACUAGAGUGACUUUAUUUUUGUAUGUAUAUUGUGUAAAAGAGAGAGAAUUCUAAACUUUUAAAAAUUGAUUUUAUAAAGAGCGUGUAAAUUAUAAAGUAGAGAGUAAAAGAAAAAGUUUAUUAUAUGAGAAAAGUUCAGACAAGCGAGAAAUGAGGCUUGUAGAAUAAUAUUAAAGAUUAUCAGUAUAUUAAUAUCCAUUAGAGUGAAGUAAUAUAUGGUGUAUUGAGGCUUUGCGGCACCAUCACGUGAUGGCAGCCAUGACACGAGGAACAAUAAAAUCUGGUCUAAUCUGGUUUACAUGAGAGAAGAAAGUUUCCAUGGGGGAAUUUAAGACUCUGUCGUUGUGCGUCCUGUCAUGGCGCAAAGCCUCUAUUAUAAGAUAAAUGUUGAAUAAUAUGAUUUGAUAUCGUGGUGUUUUUUGUUGCUUGGAAUGUUAUAUCAAGCAAAUUUUUCUUAGAAAAUAUUCCGAGAAAAAUGUACAUAAUGUCACAUAAUUCACAUUUUGAAUUUGAUUUUAUUAAUGUAUAAAUGUAUGUGACUUCUAUAUUGUUUCUUCACCAAAGGUACCAAUAAAAUAGUCAUAACUGUUA